GCUGAGGCAGGGUAUGUGGAGAGCACCGAACAAGCGGUGGAGAGAAGCCUCGUUCUGGACCCCUCUGGCUACCCUAAAUGCUGGAGACUAACUCCCCAAGGCUGAAGGAGACAGGUCUGGCUCAGGAUGAAGCCCCAGUAAAAAAGGCCCGCCGCCUGAGGUUCAAACCAUGUACUCUUACGUCUGCCUGCCGCCCGGGGAGAGCGUCUGGCCUCCGCUGCAGCCCCUCUCCUACGCCUACCUGCCCGCCCCGCUGCUGCUGCCGCCCAUCCAGGCCCACAACUUCUGCAGCCGGCCAGCGAGCCUGAGCGUGGGAGAGUGGGCGGCCCCGCGAGAAUACCACCGUUUUUACGGCCCGGGCGCAUCUCUGUUCGCCGCUCCGCCCUGCUGGGCCUUCCCACCAGCCUACGCCGCGGCCCUUGGCUCUGCGGUCCCUGCCGCCCGCGUCGUGGGGUCGUCGCUGCAGGAAUCCGCAGCCGAGAGCUGGGCACCGUGGCCCGAGGGUGGCAGUAUACAAACGGAACUGCGCUGGGGCCGCGUGGAGCGCCCGCACGGCCAGGGCCUGCAGCUGCCGCACUUCGUUUGCCGCGAGCUGCGGCGCGUGUACGGCACGUACCCGCGCACCGACGUGCGCGUCACCUACAGCCGCGGCGAGUUCCUGGUGCAGGCGGCGCCGCGCGUCGGCAAACCGGAGUACCGGGUGGAAAGGCGCGUGCUGCGUCGGCCUGAUAGCCGCGACAGCAGCAGCCCAGCCCGGGAAGCCGUGGAGCGCGGCCGCCCCAAGAAGCCGAAAGGCCUCGGCUGAGCCGGGCGCCGGGCGCGGCUGUGCGAGCGCUUAACUCUGCCCGCCGCCAAUAAGCCCGGAAGACGCAGCGCCUGCGAGCCGGACCGGGUACCCUCGCACCUGGCUUUUGUAUUUGUUUGUUCGCUUUUUCCCCUGACAGUAGGACGACCCCCUCUCUCCGCACUUCGUUGAUUUCUCUCGUGUUAUUUGUGGACCGUGCGGGAAAGACGAGAAAGGAUUGAGGAUCUCUCCAGGUGUUCUGCACCUCCCUUCUAGGUGCUUUUGGGAAGCGGGGCAGUGAUGUAGCAGAUGAACCCGAGAAGAGCCUGAACUCUUUCUUCCCGCUCCCCAUCUGCCGUCCCCUAAGAAGCCUGGCAGGCAGUAAACCCUAAUUUUCCUUUCUACUCUUCCUUCUUCCAGUUCCCUCCCUACAAAGCUAAGGGAGCGACAACAAUCCCCAGUUUAUAGGGAAGAAAAAGAAAAAGCCUGGCACCUUGGCGUAGGCCUGUAAUCCCAGCGGGUCAAGAGGCUGAGACAGGAGGUUCACAGCCAGCCUCCACUAAGCAACUCAGUGAGAUCCUGUCUCCAAAUAAAAUACAAAAUAGGCCUGGGAAUGUGGCUUAGUGGCCGAGUGCCCCUGAGUUCAAUUCCCAGUACCAAAACAAACCAAACAAACAACAACAAAAAAAAAAGUGAAGUUGAAUGUAUGCUGCAGGUUCAUUUUUAUGUUCGGAAGUGGAUGUUUUGCCAUUUGUGCAAUGAGUCUUACACACAUGUAAGGAGGUGUGUGUGUGUAAGUUAGAGUGGCCCUCUUGAGAAAGUGUGCACCCUGACCACUCAACCUGGCUCUGCACUUCAGUAGGUCCCCUCCGCUUUAGCAUGCCUAUGCCCUUUUCUAGUCUUCCCACUACCCACAGAGGCUGAGGACACAUGCUCUGCUAUUGGAGUGUGGUGGGCAUGAGUGGCAAGUGGUGCCUGAGACCCUAGGUUGAGGGCUAUCUCUGACAUUUUCUAACCAUGUAUCUGUAGCCUCUCUGAACUUCAGUUUCUUUAUCUGUAAAAGAAGCAUAAAAAUAACCAAGUUAAGAUGAUUGUCAUUUCUUCUAAGUUUUACUAACUGUCUAAAACUCUAAAACGCUUACUUAACUGAGGUUUGCAGUAUUCUAGGAGUUUGCUGGAGGAUUAGGCCACACAUUCAAUUUAACUGGAAUAUAGCCAGAUCAUGUGAUUUGAUGUCCAAUCUGUAGGAAUUUGACCUCUUGUGGAAUUGCUUUUCUUGGAUAUCCAUUUGUAGCUGACCAAUAGCUUCCUGGGUAUACAGGUAUGUUAUUGAGGCUCUUAACCACCUGAUUGCUGUAUUUGUGAGCUUCAUGGAGAAGUUCCCUCAAACCUCAGAAUCUGGAAAAGGUGUUUCUCCUGAUCAAUGGCUUGCUUUAUCUUUUUGUUUUUGUUUUUGGUACUGAGAAUUGAACCCAGGGAUGCUUUACCACUGAGCUACAUCCCUGACCCUUUUUAUUUUAUAUUUUGAGACAGGGUCUUGCUUAGUUACUGAGGCU